AUGGCUCUCAGUAUAAGUCUUCCAUUUGAACGUGAGGUAACCAACCUAACGGUUCAGAUUGGAGCUAUGUGCAUAUUUCUAGCAAUCGUCAAUUUCCUAGCCCAAUUAAAAAGGGCUUUCGGUAUUGGUCUCUAUCUUACUAUGUUUAUCACCAUUAUGAAGACCAUUAUAAGAGCAUCACUGGUCAUAAUUCUAUUUUUACUAGCUUUUGCUAUUGCUUUCUAUAUGGUUCUGCGACAAAUUCCGGAAUUUAGCGAAAUGGGAUAUUCUAUUGUACGCGUAAUAACGAUGAUGAUUGGUGAUAUUGGUUUUGCUGAAACAUUUCAACAACUUUAUUUUAGCGGUCAACUGCAAAAUUCAGGAUUGGCAUUAACACUUAUUGUACUAUUUGUUGUCGUCAUGAAUAUCGCUUUUGCUAAUUUAUUGGUUGGUUUAGCUGUUGGAGAUAUUCAUGAAGUAAUGCAAAAUGCUGACAUAAGUCUUAUUGAGAUGGAUUUAUCCCUUAUUACCGACACAACUACAUGUCUCUUACCACCUCGUUUGCGAAGCAUGGGCUAUCGCUCUUCUUACGUUGUUCGCCUUAAUAAACAGACGUCAUUUUAUGAUAAGUUGAAAUGGAACGAGUUAACGGCCGGUGUUAAAUUAAUACCCAGCGUAGAAGUACUUGUUCCCGAUAAACGUGAAAGUCAUGACGUAUACAAUCAAAUUAAACAGCAAGAACUACUUAUCAAGGCUAUAUUGGAUCGUUUAGAUGACUUUCGGUCAGAUGUAUUUCAACGCUUCGCUACAAAUAAAGAAGAUAUUAUCAAUGUAAAGAAAGAAGUUCUGGAAUCAGUAAAGGAAAGAGUAAAAAAGGAUGAUGACUAUCUACUUUAA